AAGGAGAAGCUUGCGCUUCUUAGGCGCUGGAAAGUAGAUAACCCAGAUUGGGCUCUAGAAGAGGCCGCUGUCGAGCUUGGGGUCAAGGAAUCGACUUUGAGAGGCUGGGUGAAGCGCUACUGGGAUGUUUGUGACAAAGAGGUUGGCUCAGACCGCAAGCGCAACGAAGGCGGAGGACGAAAACACAAGAUGAAGCCUUUUAACGCCUGUCCUACCAAGCCUCAGCAGCAAAACUCUGUUGAUUGUGGAAUUUAUCUGCUCUACUUCAUCGAAAAGAUAUCCACAGCGAUUAUGAAAGAUCGCCCGCAUACGCUACGUGGAUCAAUGGAUAAGUUUUGCUCCGACAAAUUCAAUGUCGAA